AGCACGCAGCGCAAAAGUUCCGCACCAUGAAGACCAAGUACAAGGACUUGAGGCGGAUGAACGACGUGGCGCGUGUCUACGGCAAGCCCCCCAGCCGACCCAGGUGGCGCUACUACGAUCUCAUGGACGAUUUUCUGCGAGGGCACCACGACGAUGGCCCUGUGCCCUCCGAGGCACCAGUCAUGGUCAUCUCGAACAUCUACUCUGUUGCAGAAGAGGCCGCUGCUGCUGCAGUCCCAGACGGCGAAGGCCUGAUAGUCCCUGAAGUCUGGUCUCCCGAAAGCUGUGUAAGCGACGGGCCCGAAAAGAAGAAGAUAAAGCAGGAGCCCCAGCACGACGAAGACGUGUCGUGGGACACAAACGACAGCGUCGAUAAUCAGCUGGACGGCGAGUCGUUGACCAGUAACCAAGUCCCGGCGCAGCAGCACCUUUCAGAGGCGACGCUGGAGAAUACCCCGGAUGCCUCGAUGGCGAGUAGUUCGGCGCCUCCUGCAGCUGCCGGGUCGCAGCAGGACGCGUUCCACUACUUCGGCAUGAUGGUCGCCGACAGGCUGCGUCGGCUACCCAGGAGCACGGCCCUUAAGGCACUGAACGCCAUGCACCAGGUUCUCUUCCAGCACGAAAUGGCGGCCGAUAUCUGAACGCAGCGGUGUUUCAGAGCCCACAUCCCGUAAACUUUUGCUGGCAGGUGUACAUAAGAUGUCACAUGCAUCAUAUUCUUGUGCUCGUUUAGGGUAUGUGGGCGAAAAGUACUCCUGUUACAAGCGCCUGGGUAUCUCAGUCGCUGGAGCAAGUACAAAUGCUUGCAGAUCAUAUCUGUAGGGUGUGUUGGACCACAAACAAGCAACAAGUCGUCUUUUUUACUGCAGCAUGUAUAUUUAAAAUACGUUGUGCGUGUGUUUGUUUCAGAUUUCCUUGUAAGGCCUCAAACGGGUCUUUACUGGCGCAUCUUCUUGUGGGACCUCGGGUCUCGCCAUUAACUGCUCUUUCACUUCGAUCCUUUCGAUAACUUCAUCGUUAUUCCCCUGUUCAUAACCAUUUCCUCACCGUUCAUGGCAUUUUCGUAUAGAAUCUCCAUCUUAAAUUUAAUCGAGAUUUCAUCUUCCCGACCAUCACACAACUCUCCACACCUUCCACUCCGUGCGAAUGCACAACUGUCGCCGAUCUCAGCGAUUGCAUCCGACAGGAUAGUGGCCAGCGCCUUCCGUAUAGACAAAAGACGCAGCGGCAUCGCAAGUUAUCGAGGACUGGUUCGUGAUAAGGAAUGCUGGUGGCCCAAUCAUGAAAUAUCCACUUCUAUGACUGGGCCAUCGACUCGCCCAUCUAGCUACUGUACUUCUAACGAGUCAUGAUUGACCAGUGCACGGCAGGGACGUGCGCGACUCGCCGCGACUUUUCUUGGUCGAAAUAUGUGUUAUUUAUUCUUGUGCAUCCAUUGAGCACGUCCCGUAUUAUGUCAGAAAAUGGUUUUACUGAGAGUGUUUCGGAAGAUGACAGCUAAUGAGCGGUUUUCAAGUGAUGUCGAAAACGAAGUGGCGUUCCGCGGCUGGAAUUUCGUAUCUAGUCAGUUCUGCAUCCCAAUUGACAGACUUCGCAGUGACUCCUACUACAUCCACGCGUGGUCUUCCAGUAAGAGCACUGCUGCACUUGCAUUCAAUAUGCAUAGUAAUGUGCAUAGGGUAUCGCAUUCAUUAUACUUGUUCUAGUUUAGUGUAUAUGGGUGAAAAAUACUCCUGUUACGAGCGCCUCGGUAUCGCAGUCGCUGUAGCAAGUACAAAAUAAUUGCAGAUCAUACUAUGAAGUGUGUUGGACCACAAGGAAGCAACAAGUUGUUGUCUUUUCUUUACUGCAGUAUGUCUCUUUGAAGUACGCUGUGCGUGUUGUUUGUCUUUGAACAUCAGUGAUGAAUAAAGAUUUGUUU